GCCGGUGCCCCCGCGGGACGGGCGGGCGGCGGCUGUCUUGUUGUGGGUUUCCGAGUUUGGUUGCUUAAGGAGGAUGUGAUUUCCCCCCCCCCCCCUUUCAUUUUUCUUUUACGAAUUGAGUAACAGAACUCUGCAGAGCAGGCGGGGACCCUGCAGCGCCACCAGCAGCCCUCCACGUGGACACACCGGAGGGGAGCGGGACUUGGACGCACACUUGGUCCAGUUGGCCUUGAGGCCUCAACUUCAUCUGGACUCUUAAGACCUGGGGUCAUGACUCUUAGGGUGGCCAGGUGGAAGGCUUUACCUGCCCCUGCCCCCGGCUGGACUUGACCCCCACCCUUGUCAGCAGCUUCCUUGCCCCACCCACCUGCCUACACAUUCAUACCUGGCACCUGGGCUAGGCCCAGACACUGGUCUGCAUCAUGGAUAAGUAUGAUGACCUGGGCCUGGAGGCCAGUAAAUUCAUCGAGGACUUGAACAUGUACGAGGCCUCCAAGGAUGGACUCUUCCGAGUGGACAAGGGUGCAGGCAACAACCCGGAGUUUGAGGAAACACGCAGGGUGUUUGCCACCAAAAUGGCCAAGAUACACCUCCAGCAGCAGCAACAGCUCCUGCAGGAGGAGUCUCUGCCUAGAGGGGUCCGGGGCCCUGUCAAUGGUGGGGGCCGCCCAGGAGCACAGCCUCACCGGGAAGCUGGUGUCGGCAGCAAGCAGACCAUGGAUGGUGCAGCCAAGCCCCCACUUGCAGCUUCGACAGUGGUUCCUGGGACAUCCACCUCUGUUGCCUCUGGGCAGCCCUUGUACCUACCCCAGGAGCAGAGGGCCAGGCCAUAUGCCCGUAACAUGAGGAAUGGCAGCCAGGACUGUGGUUCGAAGGAAAGCCCAGCGAAUUCUGAGAUGCCUGCCUCCCAUCGCCCCUGUGAGGAUCCUUCCUGCCUUACCCAUGGAGACUAUUAUGACAACCUCUCCGUGGCAAGCCCAAAGUGGGACGAACAACCACGGAUGUCCACCAGUAUCAAACCAGGUGUAGGGGGUGGGUGGCCUCAUGCCCCAGGGGGUGACCCACAACUGCCCAAACCCUCCAGGGACCAUCAACUAUACCAGCCACAGCUCUCCCUGAGCUCCAGCAGGUCAUUUGAGAGAGGCCAAGAUGGUGUUGGUGACCGCGGCAGUGAGAAGCCAGCAGGACUUUGGACCACAGCCUCCUUCCAGCGGGUGAGCCCAGGCCUUCCUUCUCCAGGCCCAGAGAAUGGGGCCUUCUUGGGGCUGGCUCAGCCUCGAACCCCUUCUUUCUCAGCACCCGUGGCCCUGAGCUGCUCCAGUCAAGGAGUUCUUCCAAGAACAAACUCAGAGGUGGGGAGUGAGGUUUCAGGCAUGAUGCCCAAACCCACCGUGGAGCCUCCACCUUGGUUCCAGGAUGGGCCCAAAUCGUACCUUUCUAGUUCUACCCCGGCAUCCUCACCAGCCAGCACAGACAAUUUGCAGGCGGUCGCCGCCCCUGGCCUGGGUCCCAAGCCUGGCUGCACAGACCCUGGCAUUGGUCCCAAGCUCAGCCCCACCGGCCUUGUCCAUCCAGUGAUGUCCACCCCGCCUGAGUUAUCUUGUAAACAAGGUCCUUCUGGCUGGUCCCCUGAUGGCAGCUUGGGGGCUGUGCUCCCAGAGAGCCCCAGCCCUCCCAGAGUGAGGCUGCCCUGCCAGACCCUCAUCCCAGGCUCUGACCUCGGACUUUCAGCCGCUGAAUUAAAAUUAGAAGCCCUCACCCAGCGUCUGGAGCGUGAGAUGGAUGCUCACCCGAAGGCCGAUUACUUUGGAGCCUGUGUGAAAUGCAGCAAAGGCGUUUUUGGGGCUGGCCAGGCCUGCCAGGCCAUGGGGAACCUCUACCACGACGCAUGCUUCACCUGUGCGGCCUGCAGUCGGAAGCUGAGAGGAAAAGCCUUUUAUUUUGUCAACGGCAAAGUGUUUUGUGAGGAAGAUUUCCUGUACUCUGGCUUCCAGCAGUCUGCUGACAGGUGUUUUCUCUGUGGACACCUGAUCAUGGACAUGAUCCUGCAGGCCCUGGGGAAGUCCUACCACCCUGGCUGUUUCCGCUGUGUCAUCUGCAAUGAGUGUUUGGAUGGGGUGCCCUUCACUGUGGAUUCAGAGAAUAAAAUCUACUGUGUCCGGGAUUACCACAAGGUGCUGGCCCCCAAGUGUGCAGCCUGUGGGCUUCCCAUCCUUCCACCCGAGGGCUCAGACGAGACUAUCCGCGUCGUGUCCAUGGACAGAGACUACCACGUGGAGUGUUACCACUGCGAGGACUGCGGCCUGGAGCUCAAUGAUGAGGACGGGCACCGCUGCUACCCCCUGGAGGACCACCUGUUCUGUCAUUCCUGCCACGUCCAGAGGCUGGAGCAGGGCCCCGCCCCCGCUGCCCUCCACCAGCGCCACUUCUGACCAGAGCCUUCUAGACGCACCGCCCGGGAAACCAGAGUCGCACAGCGGAAAUCUACCCGUUCACUCCAGUGGUCUCCAGAGGGGAGUUUGGGUGUGGGGGAGGCUGGCAAGGGGCCCCUUCCCUGUGACCACAGAGGUGAACCCCGCCCUCUGGUAUGUGUAUUUUCCAAGUGCCUUUCUCCGCUGCCACUCCAUCGGAUCACUCAGGAAGAUCUCCAGCAAGUGCGCGGCACAUGGCCGGAGAUUGCAUCAGAGCGCCGAGUGAACCCUGCUCUCUGUUCUGGGAACAGCUCACGUUCAGAGGAGGGGAGGCUUGCGCUGAGGAUUUCACAAUGUCCUCUGAAGCGGUAUCAGCUGCUCAUAGAGUCUACCCCCUUCCUCCCCUUUAGGAAAAUACCUGUACCCAAGCUCCCCACCCUCCAACACCAUGAUUUAAGACUUCCUUCCACUCCAGAGCUUCAGUCCUUAUGUAGAAUGGGCUGCAAUUCUUAAUUGCAUUACUGCAGGAAGGAAGUUCUAGCAUGUUCUCUGUGUCUUAGGAAAAAUUUACUCAAAACCAAAGGCAGGGUUUGAAAUAAGUGAGACAGGGCUUCCUCCUUGUACACUGACAGCAUUCUGUGUCUGCUUGUGAAUCUUCACUCCCUUAGAGGCAGCCUGAGGGCUAACAGAGAUUGCCCCUAUUUUAGCAAUGUGUGCUUUGGGACAAGAACUUGGUGCAGGCACCGGGUUUUUUUGCCCACCUCUUUGCAUCUUCCCCCUGCUCCCCUUCCGGGAGCUCUCUGGAGUCUGUGACUUUGGAGUCCUCUUGCUAAGGCAAGUCUCAGGAUCUUCUGUGGGGACAUCUUGUGUGCCUGUUCUAGCUUACUUUAAUGGGCUUUGGGGAAGUCCUGCCUACAUGCUGAGAGCUAGCCCCUUGUAAAUGAGGAGAGUUUGUGUGUGUGAGAGAGAUCUCUAAGCCAGCUUGGGAGGGAGUACCUCAGGGUAAGUUAUUAUACUCAUGUCACAGGUUUCUCUCUUGCCCAAUUCUUGGCACAAGCAUUAUGUUUGAAGAGACCGAUACAAGGUACACAGCUUUUAUCUGUUUUUUUCUUUUUGAAAAAAAUUGUUUCCCUCCACUUUCAGUCUUCCACACACAAAAAAUACCUCACAGACAAGAGCUUCAUCAAAUCACAGAUUCAGGAGGAAUUUGGCUAUCACACUGGACUCAGAUACCUUCUUGGUGUUUUAGGAAUCUCUGGCUUUACACAGGCCAGACUCCAGCAGUUCAGGGCACUGUAAUCUCUUACUAAAGGUCAGUGGGGAAUAGAUCCAUUUGAAAUUGGGUGCCAUUGCCUUAUGCAUUUCAUCAGCUUCUCCCCAGGUGGCCUGGGCUGAGGGAGGGCCACAGAGUGGCGAGGCUGCCUUUGCACUGAGGCAGAAUCUACCCUGCAUGUCAUACUCCUGAGAUCAAUAUCCAUUGGUAUUUGAAUGAGAAGAAGGUGUUAAAAAACAAAAGUUGGCCACCAUUUGCCCUUCUCAGCCUGUGGGGAGGGUCCCAGAGCCUUGCUGCAGUGAGUGGGGGGCAUUUCACUGCUGCCAGCUAGGCAUAAAAUGGCACCUGGCAUGUUCUCCGUGUCCUCACCUCCUACCCACAGCAAAGGAACUGGCUGCCGGGCACUCCCAUGCUUGGUCAGUGGAACCCAAGGCACAGGAGACUCACAAACUUUACACUGGUCCCAGCUCCACUUCUAGGCCACGUUUUGGCUCAUUUGGUAGCCAUUGCCUGUAGCAGUACAGAAUUGGCAUUGCUAAUUGUCUUUUCCAUUUUUAUUAAAUAUAUUCUGUUGGAAUCCUUUGGCCAGAUGAUUCUUCAGCUUGGGCUGCAGAGUUUUGUUGGUUCCUUUAAAGGGCUGAAGACCCUAAAAUCCGUGAGUGCAGGAGACUAGAGACGUGAGCCCUGGGCUUGCCCCCUCUCUUAGCAAGUCACUAGCCCAUUUUUGGCAAGGCUGUCGGGCAAGUGAAGCCAGCCAAUAUAUCUUGACCUGUCUUUGCCAUCCUAGGAAUGUUUCCAUCUUUGCUCACACACCUUUACUCAGGUCAGACAGAGUGAAGAAAAUUGCCUUGGAACCAUCGUCAGAAGUAGCAGGGAUUUGUUUGUAAAUUCAGUAACUAAUUGGUUUUAAAAUCCAUGAUUCAUUUUUUAAAUGAAAAACAUUUCAUUUAAAGUUUUGAAAAUGCAUUUUUUAAUUUAAAAUGAUUCAGCUGUCUCUGCAAAUCUGGCUUUUUAUAUUAUUGAAGAUCAUUAUUAAUUUUCCAGACACCCAAGAAACCCAAGCAGCAGCUUCUCUUGUUAUCAGCAUAACAGGAGGGGACACCAGGUAGGAAUCAUGCAGUUUUUAUCUCCUCCUCAGGCGUUUGCACAAAAGCCAUGAAAAACUCUCCACUACCUGGUAUUUUAAACUUUCUAUAAGUUAUUAGUCAAAUAGAACUGUUAUGGGAUUGUAUUUAUAGGUACCUAGAAAGAAAAUACAAGCACCUGGCAGACCAGGGUGAGUCAGUUUGUUUUAAAAUUUAGAGCAAAUAGCCUUUCCCUAGUUCUUUUAGACAACUCUUGGACUCUAUAGAACAUGAAGAGAAUUAGGAAUAGCCUGAUUCCAGACCCAGCCUCUUCCCUGGCCUCAUUUGCCCUUUAGUUUUUUCUUGUGUCUCCUUCCCUUCCUCACCCUCCCCAGUUAGAAACAUUAAAAAGCUGCCUAGGUGGUCUGAGAAAAGCCAAAAACCCUGUUUGGCUUGCUACCUCAGGACUCUCUCUACCCCAACUCCUCCCUCUCACCCUCCCUCCCUCUAUCUCUCUCUCCUUUUUAUUCCCCAUCUGUUAGAGAGUGAUGCAUUCCUCCAUGGUUAAUGCUAGAGUGAAAGCCUUCAGUGGAGUCAGUGAGGUUCUGCCAUCUUGUCCUGGUGGCCGAUGGGAUAAUUGAGAGUUCUCGUCAUCUGCAGGUGCUGCCUUGUUUCCAUGGCCUUGAGUCAACUUAAACAAUGAAAAAACAGUGUUGGGAUUUGAGACAAUAGUACCGUUGACCGUUGAACAACAGGGGUUUGAACUGUGCAGGCCCACUCACGUGUGGAUUCGCUCUGUCCCAGGUUCUGCAUCCUCAGAUUCAGCUGACCAACAUCAUUGUUGAUGACCCCAAGGAUGCAGAGUCAUGGAGAGGGAGGUCCCACUCUUAGGGACUCGAACAUUCUCCGGGAGGGGGUGUGUAUCGUGAAGCCAACCUCCCGCAGAUACCAAGGGGCAACUCUAGUUAAGUUUGGGUGAGUCAAGAUUAUAUAUGAAGUUUUGACUUUGAGGGUUCAGUUGACCCCAGUUGUUCAAAGGUCAGCUGUAUUUGGAACUCAAAGUCCUUUGCAGCUGUGUUUGUAUGCCAUUUUCCACGCUUGGGAACACGAUCGCCACGAUGGCUGCUGGUACCCCUAUGAAGAAUGUGCAGAUUGGACCCCAAGCCGCUCUUGCUUGAUGCACUUGUUAGCCAAAUUCUUUGUAGUCUCUCUUGUGACAGGAAUAAGUCCUAAUUUCUCAGUUACUAUUGAAAGUAACCCUUUAAAAACAUAGGAACAAGGGAGUAAAUAUCUAUUGUUCUGAGCCAGAACUGGACAGGAGUGGGAAAUUUCCAUAUAGUGUGUGAAAAUUUCACUGUUCAGAGAAAUUAUUUUCCCCAUCUCUUCUUUUACUAUAAAAUCAUUCAAAAUUUUAUCAUCAACUUUUUCAAACUAUGUGAUUAUCAAUUCAAAAUUUUAACUUCCUAUAAAAGUAUUCAGAAUAUUAUGACAAUAAAACUGCUUCAAUCUGUAGCUGAUUAAAGUGUCCAACAUAAUGAUGUUUCCUGCGUCUUUUGUGUGUGAGUAAGCAGGUGGUCCCUUUGCUAACUGGAUUUGGUCUUUUAGAGAGAUGGAUUCCUAAAGGAACACAUAGGUAUCAGAACUGAAGGGGCUGGGAUUUUACCCUACUUGCAGACUAAUACGCGAGCAUGACAUGGUUUCAUGGAUUCUGGCAGAUGAAAAUGACAAUUGCAAAGAAAUAGUGUCAUGCAAGGAAACAUGCUGUUGAUGGAUGUGUAUAUUGGCUUAAGGUUUUUGGAGGGCAAUUUGAAAAUAUGUACCAAGUCU